AUGUGGAACUUCGAGGUAUCUAAUCGCUUUGCAGUGACUCGCUACGGCUAUGGAAGACACUUUGCACUUAUUGAGGCCGACACGGAGACGAUUGACUUCCUCGCCGCAGUCUCGUAUCUCAUCUCCUUGGCAUCGAUAAAGGUCUCUAUCUGUCUUUUAUAUCUUAAGGUAUUUUCAAUUACCAAGUUACGGUGGCUAUACUACUUGGUCAUUGUGAUCGCCUUGAACUGGUCAUCCGUCGAGGUUUGCGUUGCCAUCCUCAUCGCAUGCAUCCCCUCCUUCCGCAUUGUCGCUGCUCGAACCUGUCCUAUCUUACAAAAGACAUUUGGACUUCGAAGCAGCCAUGAGUCAAGUCAACAAAUCGAAACUUUACAAACCAGUCCACUUGACCAGACUUACUCCACUUCUCCUACUUCAGUGAAACCUUCUGGGCCCCGUGACUGCUUCCCGUUGCCAUCGCCGUUAGCAGAGGAAGGCAUCGAUCCGUUUACUUCUAUGACCGGCGGCCUGGUGCCGGAGAUACCAGAGCAGGUAGUCAGCACAUCUCGGGGAGCUGAGCAGUAUCUAAGGACAAUUGUGUAG